GCCACUCCUCAACAAAUCCAUUUGAUUCAUACUUGCAAAUAGCCCGCAGAGGCCAGCUCCUUACAUUCUGCGCGAUGGAGCUUGUGUGGGACAGCCAAGCAAACAAUUCAGGCAGCAGCGAAAACAACACUGCAAACUCCUACAGAUGGCCCCAGCAGCUCACACUCAGCAAUUCUAAUAACGUUUUCUGCUUUCUUGAAGGCUUUGGCGUUAUUGUUUGCAAGCAGCACUGUACAGCAGUUGUGAGUCUUGAUGCGCAUCUCCGCAAAUAUCAUGCUGCAUCUGCUGCGCUACGGCAAAAGAUACUUGAGCGCUUCACUCAAUUUGAGACCGUCGCUCUAAGCGCGAUUGAGCUCCCAGAAGAGCCCGCGCAGCCAAUAGAAGAGCUAGGAAAGCCGCUUGAUGGUGCGCAGUGCGAGACAUGCAGCUAGAUCACAAUCAACAAAGAUGAGAUGCGCAAGCACUGCAAGCGAAAUUAUGAGCAAGCGUGGGUGGGAGAGAAAAGCUUGCUCUAUAGGACUGUGAAGGUGCAGAGCUUUUUCCACACUGGAGGACUGCAGAAAUACUUUGUUAUUAGUUUUAUAGAUGCUAGAGAUCCCAAAGACGCUGCGAUGGAAACCCACGUCCAGGCACAGCUUGCUGAGUACAGAUUAACACAACAAGAAAUUGAGGAAGAGCUGCAAACACU